AUGCUGGGCGAGGAGAACGGCUCUGCGCACCCUUCGUUCUUCUGUCCCAUGAGCAGGCAGGUGAUGACAGACCCGGUCACAUGCUGCGAUGGUCUCACCUACGACAGACCGCACAUCGAAGCAUGGCUCCAAGAUCAUGACACUAGCCCUCUCACUAACGCUCGCCUUGCCAGCAGAACACUGGUCCCCAACAUCGCUCUGCGCAAUGCGAUCGAAGAGUGGCAGCAGCAGCAG